CCAGUCCCUGAUCUGCAGCCGAGCCCCCCCAUCCUCCAGGGCCCUGGCCACUCCCCUUGGGCGGUCUCCGUGCGCAGCUGCAGGGUCUGAGUCUGGCCACGCCCCAUCCAGCCCCAGCCUCGUUCUGGAAAUCCUCCAGCAUUAUAAAUCUAUUGUCCUGCACUCUCCAGCAAGUCUGCGGUCGGCUGCUCCAGUUAACAAAGUAACGUUUCUACCGGUCCUUGUAAAACUUUCGCAUCUAUAAUGAGGGAAAUCGUGCACAUCCAAGCCGGUCAGUGCGGAAACCAGAUUGGUGCCAAGUUCUGGGAAGUGAUCAGCGAUGAGCACGGCAUUGAUCCCACAGGGACGUACCAUGGAGACAGUGACCUGCAGCUGGACAGGAUCAGUGUUUAUUACAAUGAGGCCACAGGAGGUAAAUAUGUGCCUAGGGCCAUUCUGGUUGACUUGGAGCCGGGCACUAUGGACUCUGUGAGGUCUGGACCCUUUGGGCAGAUCUUCAGACCUGACAAUUUUGUGUUUGGUCAGAGUGGUGCUGGAAACAACUGGGCCAAGGGUCACUACACAGAGGGAGCCGAGUUGGUGGACUCAGUCCUGGAUGUGGUUCGCAAGGAGUCCGAGAGCUGUGACUGCCUGCAGGGCUUCCAGCUCACCCACUCUCUUGGUGGUGGAACUGGAUCUGGUAUGGGAACCCUGCUUAUCAGCAAGAUCCGUGAGGAGUACCCUGACCGUAUCAUGAACACCUUCAGUGUGGUGCCUUCCCCCAAGGUGUCAGACACCGUGGUUGAGCCUUACAAUGCCACCCUGUCAGUGCAUCAACUUGUCGAGAACACAGAUGAAACCUACUGCAUUGACAACGAGGCUCUUUAUGACAUCUGUUUCCGUACUCUCAAACUGACCACCCCCACCUAUGGAGACCUUAACCACCUGGUGUCCGCCACCAUGAGUGGUGUUACCACCUGUCUGCGCUUCCCUGGCCAGCUCAAUGCUGACCUCCGCAAAUUGGCUGUCAACAUGGUGCCUUUCCCCCGUUUGCACUUCUUCAUGCCUGGCUUCGCCCCACUGACCAGCAGGGGCAGCCAGCAGUACCGUGCCCUCACAGUCCCUGAGCUCACCCAGCAGGUGUUUGAUGCCAAAAAUAUGAUGGCUGCAUGCGACCCACGUCACGGCCGCUAUCUGACUGUCGCUGCUGUGUUCCGAGGCCGCAUGUCAAUGAAGGAGGUUGAUGAGCAGAUGCUCAAUGUGCAGAACAAGAACAGCAGCUACUUUGUCGAAUGGAUCCCCAACAACGUGAAGACCGCUGUUUGUGACAUUCCACCCCGUGGCCUCAAGAUGGCUGUCACUUUCAUCGGCAACAGCACAGCCAUCCAGGAGCUGUUCAAGCGCAUCUCUGAGCAGUUCACAGCUAUGUUCCGUCGUAAGGCUUUCUUGCAUUGGUACACAGGUGAAGGUAUGGAUGAGAUGGAGUUUACUGAAGCAGAGAGCAACAUGAAUGAUUUGGUGUCUGAAUACCAGCAGUACCAGGAUGCCACUGCUGAGGAAGAAGGUGAAUUUGAGGAGGAAGCUGAAGAGGAUGCUUAAAGAUCAAGAUGUGAGGGUCAAGUUGUCAAUGCCAAAAAGUAUCCACCACAAAAGUAACCAAGUAGCAAACUUAGUGUUGAGCACUGCUAGAAUCAAACCUUAGUGUACGUUGGAUAUCGCCAGUCAUUCAUUGUGAAUAAAAGUUGUCAAAUGAAAA